AUGAUUCUUCAUGUCGCUGUGUUUUGUUACUUCUCAGCAGUGUGGGUGAAGACCUCUCCAGUGCUGGAGGUAAGCAGCCAUGUUGGAGGAGAGGUCUCCAUCCACUGCUCUGUUGGCUGGAGCAGAGACAACGGCUCCAAACUCGACAACAUGUACUUCUGCAGAGGAGUCUGCUCCAUGGAAAACAUUCUCAUUCAGUCGGAGGGCAAGAGGUCGGCUGUCACCUGGCAGGGGAGAUACAGCAUGGAGGUGAACAGCGGAUAUGGGGUCUUUAAUGUGACCAUAAAGGAUCUGAAGAGGGCGGACACCGGCCGAUACCGCUGCAGUGUGGAGAAUAGCGUUGAGGUGUUGCACCAGGAGGUCAAUCUAAUAGUACUAGAUGCUUCCACUGUUCCUCCUGGAUCUCCUGGAUCUCUGCCCAAUGGCAGCUUUCAAUCCACCGCUGAGCCGUCACCCGCAGCGCUAACGCUGCCCACCACAGAGAAGACAAACAAGCAGGCCACCAUCAACCUCACAGACACCACAGUGGUCAUCAUUAUCUCGGUGAGUCUGGCUCUCCUGGUUUGUGCCCUCAUCCCUCUUGUAUUCUACGGUAACUGGAGGAGUAAUGCGGGUCCGAGCAGACCUGAAGCAGACAAGGGGGAGGCCGACUACUGUGAGGAAAAUGCAGACGGUGCCUUCACUCAGGGGAUGGUGAAGCUGCAGUCUGUACAGCCCGAUCCAGAGUCCAGUGCUCAGGAUGCCUCUCAGUAUGCUGCCGUCUAUCAGGCGAUGGAUCCCCAAACUGCUGACUGAGCCGGUUCAUUUUGUUUCUGAGCCGAUG